AUGCCUGCAUGCCACAGACAUAGCAAAAUCUUGUUGUCGCCACCACCACUAUAUAUAUGUGCAUGCCGGCCGGCGUUCAAGUUCGCCGGAGAGAGAAGCACCGGCGGUCAAUAAUUAAAAAAAAAGAAAAAAAUGGCUUUCAGAAACCAUGACGCUGCCAUGGUCCUCUUCUUCUUCCUCCUCAUGGUGACUACCUACGCCAACGCGCACGGACACAGCAAGAAGCCCGAGGAGAUCACUCAGGGCGUUUACGGGGCGGCGGCGGCGGUGGCGGCCGGCCCCGGCGGCACGUUCGACAUCACCAAGCUCGGCGCCGUCGGCAACGGCAGGGCGGACAGCACCGGCGCGGUGAUGGCGGCGUGGAGGUCGGCGUGCGCCGGCGCCGGGAAGCAGACGAUCCUGAUCCCCAAGGGGGAUUUCAUGACGGGGGCGAUGGAGCUCAGGGGCCCCUGCAAUGGCGCCGUGACCAUCCAGCUCGACGGCAACCUGCUGGGCUCCAACGACCUCAGCAAGUACCCGGGCAAGAAGAUGCCCAACUGGGUCGAGGUCCGCCAUGUCGACAACUUCGUCAUCUCCGGCAAGGGCAAGCUCGACGGCCAGGGCCCCGGCGUCUGGAGCAAGAACUCCUGCGCCAAGAACUACAACUGCAAGCUCCUCCCCAACACGCUGGUGCUGAACACGGUGAACGACGGGGUGGUGAGCGGGAUCACGCUGCUGAACGCCAAGUUCUUCCACAUGAACAUCUACCGGUGCAAGGACAUAAAGAUCAGCGGCGUGACCAUCAACGCCCCGGGGGACAGCCCCAACACCGACGGCAUCCACAUGGGCGACUCCUCCAAGAUCACCAUCGCCGCCACCACCAUCGGCACCGGCGACGACUGCAUCUCCAUCGGCCCCGGCACCGACGGCGUCAACAUCACCGGCGUCACCUGCGGCCCCGGCCACGGCAUCAGCAUCGGCAGCCUCGGCCGGUACAAGGACGAGCGGGACGUCCGGGACGUCUCCGUCACCCGCUGCGUCCUCCGCAAGACCACCAAUGGCCUCCGGAUCAAGUCGUACGAGGACUCCGUGUCGCCGGUGACCGUGUCCAAGGUGUCCUACGACGGCGUCGUCAUGGACCACGUCGACAACCCCAUCAUCAUCGACCAGAAGUACUGCCCCAACAGCAUCUGCACCAGCAAGGGCGACUCCAAGGUGUCCGUCAGGGACGUCACCUUCAGGAACAUCACCGGGUCGUCCAACACGCCGGCGGUCGUCCAGCUGCUCUGCUCCGGCAAGCUGCCGUGCAGCGGCGUCGCGAUGCAGGACGUCAGGGUGCUGUACGGCGGCAGCGACAAGAAGACCACGGCCGUCUGCGACCACGCGCUGGGGAAGUCCACCGGGUGCCUCAAGGAGCUCGCUUGCCUCUAAUGGAUUAUUAAUUCGAUCAUCAUCGAUCUCUUUGUGUGUGUUCAUCGUGUUUAAGAGACAGAUCGAGGUUUGGAGAGCAUAUGGAUGUAUCCGCGUGUGUUCCUUGAUUUUGAUCUUCCAAGUUAAUGUCCAUAUCCUUUCUUUCUGUAAAAUUAAGACCCAAAGCUGCCUCCUCGA